CGGCUGGGCGGCGCGGGCGAGCGCUCGCCCCUGGGCUCUCGAGGCCGGGGCGGCGGGCGGCCUCGACCCCCCGCUUCUGGCCGAGGCCUGAGACUGCGGAGCCGCCCCCUUCGCUGCCGCCGCCUCUGAGGGAACGGCCCCCGCCCCGCCCGCGGGGGCGGCCCGCGCCGCGGCCCCUCCUCGGGGGAGGCCGGCUGCAUGGGCAGGCGCUGCGGGGCACCGUGGUCGCCGGCCUCGCCGGCACAGCCGCUCCUGGGCGCCAGUUUAGAUUAUUGCUGAUUUGAUCCUCUGGAAUCUGCAAAAGGAAAGUCUGCCAGCCUCUGUGAAUAGCUUUGCAGUGUAACAGGAGUGGAGUUCCCGAGCAGAAUCGCUGAGAGAUAUGUGAACGAGUAUAAGCAAAGCUGAGCACGUCGGUAUUUCUGCCUCAAACCUGGGCUCCUUCCCCAGGCACAGUUUGUGUGUGGGGUGAACACCCUCUUGGCACCUGGAGAUGAUGUCGGUCGAAGGGUCUACAAUAACAAGUCGGAUCAAAAAUCUGCUUCGCUCCCCUUCCAUUAAGCUGAGGAGAAGCAAGCCUGGGAACAAGCGUGAAGAUAUAGGCAGCAAGGUGACUUUGGAGAAGGUGUUGGGGAUAACUGUGUCGGGAGGCAGAGGAUUAGCCUGCGACCCCAGAACUGGCCUCGUUGCUUAUCCGGCAGGGUGUGUUGUUGUGCUGUUCAACCCUAGAAAAAAUAAGCAACACCAUAUUCUAAACAGUUCCAGGAAAACAAUUACAGCACUUGCUUUCUCUCCAGAUGGAAAAUAUUUGGUUACAGGAGAGAGUGGACACAUGCCAGCAGUUCGGGUAUGGGAUGUGGCCGAGCGAACCCAGGUGGCUGAGCUCCAGGAGCACAAGUAUGGCGUGGCCUGUGUGGCCUUCUCCCCCAGCUCCAAGUACAUUGUUUCAGUGGGGUACCAACAUGACAUGAUUGUCAACGUCUGGUCAUGGAAGAAAAACAUUGUGGUGGCAGCCAACAAAGUCUCAAGUAAAGUGACAGCUGUGUCAUUCUCGGAAGACUGCAGUUAUUUUGUCACUGCUGGAAAUCGGCAUAUCAAGUUCUGGUACCUGGAUGACAGCAAAACCUCCAAGGUCAAUGCCACAGUCCCCUUGCUAGGUCGCUCAGGGUUGCUUGGAGAACUGAGGAACAACUUCUUUGCAGACGUGGCAUGUGGAAGGGGCAAAAAAGCUGACAGCACCUUCUGUAUCACAUCCUCGGGCCUGCUCUGUGAAUUCAAUGAAAAAAGGCUGCUAGACAAGUGGGUGGAGCUAAGGAAUACAGACAGCUUCACAACCACUGUGGCAAACUGCAUCUCUGUGAAUCAUGACUACAUCUUCUGUGGCUGCGCUGAUGGCACCGUGCGGAUUUUUAACCCUCUGAACCUUCACUUUGUCACCACGCUGCCGAAGCCACACUUCCUGGGAACAGACAUCGCAAGUGUGACUGAGGCCAGUCGUCUUUUCUCCGGUAUGGCUGAUGCGAAGUAUCCAGACACGAUUGCCUUGACCUUUGACCCCACCAACCAGUGGCUUUCCUGUGUAUACAAUGACCACAGCCUGUAUGUGUGGGAUGUCAAAGACCCGAAGAAGGUGGGCAAGGUGUACUCCGCUUUGUACCACUCUUCCUGCGUGUGGAACAUCGAGAUGUAUCCGGAGGUGAAGGACAACAAUCAGUCAUGCCUCCCCCCUGGUUCCUUCAUCACUUGCUCCUCUGACAACACCAUUCGUCUGUGGAACACGGAGAGCUCCAACAUUCACGGCACAGCCCUGCACCGCAACAUCCUCAGCAAUGACUUGAUGAAAAUCAUCUAUGUAGAUGACAACACUCAGGUACUUCUGGACACUGAUUACAACUCAGCAGGAAGUGCAGACAAAGCCGAUGCACAGGUGGUGGAUACAAAGGUGGGGAUACGCACUGUGUGUGUGAGUCCCAGUGGGGAGCACCUGGCCUCGGGGGACAGGAUAGGCACUCUCAGGAUAUAUGAGUUGCAGUCUCUGAGGGAAAUGCUGAAGGUGGAAGCCCAUGACUCUGAGAUCCUAUGUCUGGAGUACUCCAAACCUGAUACAGGCUUAAAGCUCUUAGCCUCAGCCAGUCGGGAUAGAUUGAUUCAUGUCUUGGAUGCUGGAAAGGACUAUAGCCUGCAACAGACCUUGGAUGAACAUUCUUCUUCCAUCACUGCUGUGAAGUUUGCAGCCAAUGAUGGGAAAGUAAGAAUGAUAAGCUGUGGGGCAGACAAGAGCAUCUAUUUCCGCACUGCGCAGAAGACAGGAGAAGGAGUUCAGUUUACCCGAACGCAUCACAUUGUUAGGAAAACCACCCUGUAUGACAUGGAUGUGGACCCCAGCUGGAAAUACGCAGCCAUUGGAUGUCAGGAUCGUAACAUCAGGGUUUUCAACAUAAGCAGUGGGAAGCAGAAGAAGCUGUACAAAGGAUCCCAAGGGGAAGAUGGCACCCUUAUCAAAGUGCAAACGGAUCCCUCUGGUCUUUAUAUUGCAACCAGUUGUUCAGACAAGAACCUCUCCAUCUUUGAUUUCUAUUCUGGCGAGUGUGUUGCAACCAUGUAUGGACAUUCAGAGAUUGUAACUGGGAUGAAAUUCAGUAAUGACUGCAAACAUCUGAUCUCUGUUUCUGGUGACAGCUGUAUCUUCAUCUGGCGGCUGAGCUCAGAGAUGACCAUCAACAUGCGGCAGCGACUGUCUGACAUGAAGCAGAGGGGAAAGCAGGCAGAAAAGUCUCCUCCACACAAGACAGCUGGACUCAUGAGGCACGAGUCCAUCACUGCUCUGUCCUCUGUGCCUGCACUCUCAUCAGACAGUGACAAGGAUGGUGAAGAUGAAGGGAAUGAUGAAGAUGAGUUACGUGGGCUGCAGUCUUUCCAUAUUCAGUCCAACUGCAACACUGAGAGAGACUCAGAUCCAGACCUUACCCUCUCAAGAAGCCUUUCCCAUUGGGAAAUGAGGAGGGCCAAAGAGAUAGCGGCAAUCCAGCGCUCAGAGGCACCAAUGAGCAAAAUGCCCCGGCAACGUGGGCGCUGGUCACAGCCAACCAGCAAUAUAGAGAUGACUGUGAAAUCCAUGCUUGACUUGCGUCAGUUGGAGUCUUUCUCUGUUUCCCGUUCUCCGAGUCGAGACUCACUCUCUCAAAACAGCAAUGGGGACGACAGAGAAGAGCAGGCAGAUCUUCCUGUACACAUCAACAAAGUUGGCAGCUCAAUGCCUCCCCAAGAUAACCAGUCUUGUGUGCGACCCCAAGUGAUUCGGCUUGUAUCUUGUGAAGAGGGGAUUUUCUCUCAGGAACUGGAACCUUCUGAGAGCGAGGAGUGUGUAAUCUACCCUGAGCAAGACGAAAUCCAUCCCACAGACUCUAGCAGUGAGUUCCAGGUAAAAGCACUGUCCCAUGGGAAGCUAAGUAGAGGUUAUCACAGUAAUGGAUGCCCAGACAAACACAGUCCUGACAGUGCCUGCUCUGUAGAUUACAGCAGCAGUCGUCUGUCCAGCCCAGACCACCCGAAUGAAGAUUCUGAAAGCACUGAACCCCUAAGUGUGGACGGUGUCUCAGACCUGGAGGGAGAGGAAGGAGAGGAGGACGUGGGUACUAGCAUGCCAGAGGGAGAAAUCCCCCAGACACCCGAUCAGGAGAAGUUCCUCAAACAGCAUUUCGGGACCCUGGGCAGCACUGAUGGAAAAGGUGGCUCAUGUAGGAAUCUGGAAAGAACUGAAAACCUCAGUAUUUCCUCUCGCUUUCUUUCUCAGUCCCCGGCUCUCAGACGAUUGUCACUCUCUUCGUCAAAUCUGAUACCGGAUUCAAAGCCCAUCGAACCGCCAACGCAGACCAAUCGGCUUGCACCAGACCUGUUGAAAAAUGGCAGCGACCAUCCUGGUGAUGCAUUGGAGAACAGCCAGCUCCUGGAGAGUGUAAAUUCAAAUCGGGCUGUUUACAUCCAGAAAAAACGCAGAUCAGCUUUGGAGGCUGGCAGAGUUGGUAUGGCUCCUGGACGGGUUAUUGCAUCCUUCCCAGAAGGCCCUGUGAAUGCAGUGAUGAGAAAGGCGCAGUCAGUUCACGACCUCGUACAUGAGGAUAAGGGUCCUGGAGUGAUAUCCUCUGCCAAGCAGCGUCCUCAGACUCUUUUGGUGGUUGAGAAGGACCCCAGACCUAACAAUUGCAGGGCGUUAUCAGCCAGUAUGUUGAAGAUGGAUGGACCUGGUGCUCUGAUGGCCAAAGAUGUCAGGGCUGCAAAAUCAAAGUCCUACAUGAAUCCCACAACCAGCUUCCGGGCUAAGAUGUCAAGGAGUGUAUCUGUAGGGGAAAAUCUGUACCUUGGUUACUCCACCGAAACGUUGACUGAUGGGAGGACUAGCCCUCCAGUGGCAGAGAAGACACAGUUUAGUUCCACAGCAGAUGCUGAGAAGAUCAAGCUACCAGUGAAAGAAAACGUUCCAGUGAAGCCAGCACUUCAGCCAGUUGUAAACUGCUCAUCUCCUAAGUCCUUCCACAGCAAGUUGGCAUCGUCGAACCGAGCACAUCUGAUUCUUGACAUUCCCAAGCCAUUGCCUGAUAGACCCACACUGGCCUCCUUCUCACCCACUACCAAAACAAAAACCCUACUUGAGCCGCAGUCUCCGCAGUCACCUGCUGGGGCCUGUAAAAAGAAACCCUCUUUUCCUGAGGUCCGAGCCUCCAAGAAGGAGAAUCAAACUGCUGGGUCUCUGGUUCCUGGUAAAGAGAUCCCAACAGGACUUGCUAAGGAGAGCCCAUUGGAGAGUCCAGUCUCAAGGACAGGUUGCCAGGAUGAGCCAGGGGUCACUAAUCCAAAACUGAGGGAGUUAUCAGAGGGCCGGCACCUAAGGUCUCCUGAAGACACACUGCCCAGGUGCAGGGAGAGGAUCACCGGCAUCGCCUGUGUGCUAGACAACCAACCUGGACUUUGCCCACUAGACCCCAUCAGGCCGAGGUCUCCUACGUCUAUAACUGCCUCGGCACAGGUCUCAGGUGUGCAUGGAUACCCAUCUCUUCUCUUCCCCCUUCUGUCUCCUGUCUUUGUGAACCGCCUCACGAUCCCAUCACAUUUCUUUACGUCCAGCUUCUGGCCUGUCUCGUCUUGUCUGCACCUGUCUCGUUCCAUAAGCCAUCCCCUCAAUGAAUCGUGCAUCAGCGUAGAGCAGUGUGAGCACGUGGUAUCCGAGCUCCAGGACAGCAUGCGCAAAGCCAUUCAUCUUUACCGCAUGGUGUUAAAUGAUACGGAGUCUUCUACUGACAAAGAUAAAAUAGCAGGCCUCCUGACAGAAACAUUCUCCUCAAUGAAGAAAGAAUUGGACUCUUUGAAGGAUGAGGAAGAGCUUCCAAAGGUUAAGGAGGUACUGAUGAAGCCACAAGAUACCACUAGCCCACUGAAUGAGGGAUCUGGUGCCAAUCUACCGAGUCCCAAGAGUUUGGGAGAUGAGCAGACACUAGCUUUGCUGGAACAGUACUCAGAGCUAUUGCUGCAAGCUGUGGAACGACGCAUGGACAAAAAACUCUAAGAGGGGUGGCUUUCAGGUGUUCGUGAAUGCACAGAAAUAAUCCCAAGAAGAGGACCACAGAGAGAGCUUCAGACCGAUGCUAUCAUCGCGCUGGUCUAGGGCUGGUGGGGAGACCUUUAUAAAUCGAUUUCCUCAGGCCCCUACAACUGACUUGCUCUAAUUCUUAGCAAUGUGCUGGCCACAAUUUUAAUAUAAUAUUUUUUUCCCCAAUGGUCUUCAACUUCCUGUCUCUAGACAAAGUCUUGAAAGAGGAGUUUGGAGGAAUUGCCUUGAAAUUUCUUCAUAGCCAGGAGGUCAGGAUGUUUGGCACCUAAAGAAACAAAGAAAAUACAGUUUAUCGAAGAAAUUUUGAACUGCUGACUAAAAACAAAGGAGUGCAAGUGAAGCCAAUCCCUUCCUCUCCAAGGCUUCAGGAGAAUCAAGAAGCAGACUUUUAUGGGUUUAUUUAUUAAUUUAUUUUUCUGACUGUUGCUCUGUCACAUUUGUGGCUGUUAUCUUUGUCCUUUAACAAAAACUGUCAAUCCCUUUGCCAUAUCCCAGCGAGAAACAAUCUCUGUAUUAUGAACCCCCAACAGGGAGACAGGCUGGAGUGUCUGUGCAAUUAAUGAACUGUUUUCUGCUUAAAUCUCGUCUUGCUGUUCUUUCUUUUCUUGCCUUAGUUUUGUUACCUGGAGUAAUCCUAUUGUUGUCAUGACAACCCUGUCUGCUUUUCUCUUGUUUCGAGAUAGUCCUCACACUGUAUUUUAUUUGCAUUCACCUCCAGGGAACAGUUCUGCAACCCGUGGGCCGUGCUUUGGAGAUUACUUAAUGAAUUCAGUAGUGGUAUUUUUAAUCUGGAAUUUGAUGUUAUACUUCAGACUGGGGUUUCUGCAGACAUUUUAAAAAUGGGAUUUAGAUAUAAAUAUGAAAGUUUGUUUCAGCCACCUUUCAUGAUUAAGAAUUGGAUAUUGACUUUGAUAUUAUAAUGACUGGGCUAAUUUGGAGUGAUGAUUUAUUUGUUGAGAAGUGACCUGGAAAAGCUGAUUUCAAUCUCUUACAGUGUAACUCUGGAUUUGAGAGAUCUUCAGUGCAAUGGCUCGUCCAUGUAAUUUGUUCAUUUCACUGUGAUAGGAAAAUGUUUUCUUCUUGCCCCCUCCCCCCCCCCCCCCCCCCCCCCCCCCCCCCCCCCCCGGAAAACAGAAUAUUUACAUCCCAAGAAAGCUGGGAUUCUCUUACCUUUUGUAAAGCUAUUUCAACUACCCACAGAAAAUGGCUUCCCAAGAACUUUGAAAAAGAUAUUUUGGGAUGUGAUUACCACCGUUCCCCCUGCCCCCAGCCUCUUUGCUUUUCAUGAAUUUCUUGUCUGAGAAACAGAAAAUCUUCCUUUCUCGCAUUUGUGUGUGCAAUACUCUUCUCAUCCUGUGGAGCUUCUCUGAGCCCAUGCUAACUUGUGUUUGUUGUGGCUUAAAACUGUCCAGUGAUGAUUUUUUUGGUCAAUGAUAAGCUAAGAAAAAAAAUUUUCAAGCCAAUGAAAUUCUUCAGCACCUUCCUCCUUCCUCCCACUCCUUUCCACAACAGGGACAGAUAUACAAAAUGCUUUAUUUCUUCCUCCAUCUCCAGUCUCUCUUGUAUUUAUUUUAAGGCAGAGCAGUGUAGUCCCAGUUUAUAAAACUAAUGCAAGCAACAAGUUUUAGGUGGGAGAGAGACUGUUAGCAUCUGUGGAAGUCACUCAAAGCCAGCCAGACUGCCUCACUUGGUUCCACAGGUCACUAGUUUGAAGCAGUUUUCUUUCAUUUUACUGUCCUGGCUGUCAUCUCUUUGAAACCCUGUGGCACUCGGAAAUCUGCUCUGCUGACUUCCUUCUGUGACUGGAGAUCUGCAGUGCAGCCUUUUUUGGGCUGACCAGACUGGUGUAGGAUGACCCAUUUCUUCUGAAUAACUCCAGGGCUGAACAAUCUGCAGUUCUCCCCCCUCCCCAGCAGGUUUGCUGGCUGAUCGCCACUGCCGAGUGCUUCAGGACUUGGCAGUAUGAGGAGCACUUUGAGAGUUUUCCAGCUACUUCUGCCUGUAAUUUAAAUCUGUCUAACACGUUUCGGGUGUCCUUGCUAACCUUUCCUUCCAUGGUCUUGUACUGAAACUUUAAAAGUGUUAUUUUCUAGUCCUGUCUCAGCAUUGCACUGUGCUGAAUCAGCUGGUAUGCUCGGUCCCAUGGGCUGCUUCCUUGCACGGACAGGGUUUGCAAAGGAAGGCAAGUUGAAAACCAGAGAGGAAAUUUCUGGCAGUUUCCUUGAGUGAAAAGGUGUGCUGGAGAUGCUGUGAGUGGAAUGUAUGAUGGCAGUCAUGUUGGGUCUGUGAUGGAGUUAGUUUGGGUCAAGCCUGCUUUUGAGGUGAUCAGUUCCUCCACUUUCAGACUGUGAACAUAUGUCCUAGUAUACAGGAAAUUUCUUGGUGUACUGGGGCCACAAGACACUCAGGUAAAAUAUCAGUCCCUUCAACCCAGGUACAUUUUGGUACUGGUGAUAACGGUUUGAGGGUCCUUUAUAUUACUUCCCUGUGCAAUUUUAUUAUUUAAACUUUGAGGUAGUGACGAAAAGGGUCAUAGAUGAUACAGAAGAACCAGUGGUGAGAAUGAAACACCCAUUAAGGUAAAGAGCAACAACCAGUGAAGCUGGCAUAGAGAUAGGAAACAAAGCUCCUCAGAAAUGAGUCACAUGAAGCAAAUCUGAUUUUUAAUCAGAGUGGGUUUUACUUCCUGGAAUGGAUUUUGCUUGGGUUCACGGCUGCAUACGGGAAACCAGAGGUAAAAUCUGAUCAGAAUGAUGGGAAGAGAAGUGUCAGGCAAGUAGAUCAGCUGGAGGAUGGUGUGUAGUUUAAAAUAAAUUAGAAUAGUAUAUGUAGGACGCACAGGAAAACAGAGUAGAGGUAGAAAUAGUCUUGGCCUGAGGAACACCAUUUGGCCAAUACCUGUGAAAGAUAUAGUACAGAAAGGCUCCAGGAAAGUAGAUUUAGGACUGAGAUGGUGAUCUGUAAUUGAAGAAUGGAUUGGAAGGGGUUUGUUUUUAAAGAUGUGCUAUUGGGCCUCUCGUUUCUUCGCUUGGUGUCCUCUAAGCAACUUUUUUCUUAAAUGGCAAAGUCGCGAGCUGUUUGCCCAAGGCUUGGAUGUUAGGAAUUUUGAGUAGUAGAAGUCUGGUAAAGGAGACGCUGGUGCCGCAAGUUUGUUGUUGAGAGAGGUGAGGAGAUAGUGUUGCUCUUUAUAAUUUGAGACUGAUCCAACUGACUUUUCCCUUCUAACUUCCUAUUGCUGGCAGUAGGAAAUAUUCCUAAAAAUUCUAGUUUACGGAACAAAGAGAGCAUAAAUGCGUUACAUUUUGUUGCACCUUGUGAGUAUGUUUUACCACAGGCUGUCCCUUGGGACAGGUAGAGAAAUACUGAACGGUAACUACCUGGGAAGUGAAGCGGCUUGUGGGAGGAGGUAAUAAACUUGAGUCUAUCCCUCUUACUGGUUUGUGUGGGUGUUAGCAUAGGCACAACCAGAUAUCUGUAUUAAGACAAGUUAUUUGUUUAACAUAAAGCCUGAAAAAAAUAAUUUGGACCUACCUAUCCUUUUUACAUACAUUUUUGUCCCCUUCAACCCAACAUUCCUGGUUGAAAUGAGAAUAGUUCUUGGGGUUUUUUUCCCUAUCUUGUAAUUAGUACUACUUUGCCUGUAGGACCCCUUGGUUCAUUCCUGGGCCCUCUGAGGUGGUGCAGGAGGAAGGGCUGCAACCUGAGAGGGCAGCAAACUCUUUCUGUUUUAUUUCUUGCUGCAGGCAGGCACCGCCUUCCCCCCCCAGCACCCAGGAGCCGUGUGUAUGGGAGUCUGUGUUUCUUCCACCUCCUCUCUCAGGUUGUCCUCUCCUUUCCAUGGGACCUCCCCGGUGAUGUUUGGGGCAGGCCCUACAGCAGCCCCCUCCACAGUUCCCCAUUUUGCAGACUCAGAGGAAUCGGGACGUUUCUUUCCGGGAGUAGAAACAUACAAACGUAAUUUUGUUUGUUUUUGUUUUUUUUUUUUUUUAAAGAAAGGAUAUGUAUAUAAUUAUAUAUAAGAAGAAAUGAAAUACAGGUAUUUAAACACCAUUGGUAAAUUCAUGCAUGCAUAUGGUGUCUUCCCCCUCACCCCCUUGGGUGUGUAGCAUCCAGGAAACUAAAUGACACAAACCUCAUUAAAAUAAUAGACAGGUCUUAGAGCAGCCCCUGAGCGAGCAGGUGCUCCCUUCUCUGGAAGAGACCAGCCCGCCCCCUACUUCAGGAUCACAGGGGUCCGGCUGGGACGGUGUUGGUGCGGGCAGCGAGGGCCUGUGAGGCGGGGAGGGGGGUGCCCGGGGGGGCAGCGUUAGGAACAAGCCAUGUGUCCGCCAGGCGGGCGCCUCCUUACCCGGCCUCUCCGACGCCACCCUUCUCCUUCACCCCUUCAGAAAAAACAAAACAAAAAACUACCCCCUCCUGCUUUAUUUAUAAAUGUGUGUUUUUAUACUUUUGGCUUUAGGUAAAAUAACUCCUUUAAAAUGUCUUUUCUUUUGUUUUUAAUUAUUUGGAACAAUAAUAAUAAAAAUCGUUUGUUGGGUUUUUUUUUUUUUUUUUUUUUUUGCACUGUGAGGCUUCCCUGCGGGAGCUGUUUUUAACUCUAUAUUCAUUUGUACUCCGUGUCUUAAACCGUUUCAAUAAAAAUGUGA